AUGGGUCGACUAACAGGACUAGAACUAAGUAAUUUUAAGUCAUAUCGUGGCGUCACCAAAAUUGGAUUUGGUGAUUCUAAUUUCACUAGUAUUAUUGGACCCAAUGGGUCUGGUAAAUCGAACAUGAUGGAUGCUAUUUCCUUCGUGUUGGGUGUAAGAAGUUCCCAUUUACGUUCUAACAUUCUAAAGGAUUUGAUAUAUAGGGGUGUUAUUCGCGAUUUCUCGGAAGAAGAUCCUGAAGAUGGUGAAGAACAGCAUCCCACCAGUGCAUAUGUGAAGGCCUUUUAUGAGAUGGAUGGGAAAGUAGUAGAAUUAAUGAGAACUAUUAAUAUUAAUGGGGAUACCACUUAUAAAAUUGAUAAUAAAACAGUGAGUUAUAAACAGUACGCCGCAUUUUUGGAGAAGGAGAAUAUCCUAAUUAAGGCGAAGAAUUUUUUGGUUUUCCAAGGUGAUGUGGAACAAAUUGCCUCCCAAUCUGCACUGGACCUUUCCAAAUUGUUCGAAGAAAUUUCAGGUUCAAUUCAAUAUAAGAAAGAAUAUGAUUCUCUGAAAGAUGAAUUGGAAAAAUUGGGUAAAUCUACAACGGAAUCCAUUAGAAAUAGAAGAAGAAUUCAUGGUGAAUUGAAAACUUAUAAAGAAGGAAUAUCUAAAGAUGAAGAAUAUAAAAAUAAUGUUGAAAAGAAAAAGAAAUAUGAGAUGUAUUUCACACUUUGGAAAUUAUUUCAUUUAGAUGCUCAAAGGAUACAAUUCAAGGAUAAAUUAAAACAAGCAAAGACUGAAAUGUCAAAAUUAAAGGAAAAAAUAAACAAUGAAGAGAAACAUUUAACACGAUCAAAGUCAGCAUUCCUGAAGGAAAACUCAAUAUUGACCAAGAAAAGGUCUCAAUUAGACUACACCGUCAAGGAAAAGGAAAAGGUGAUUUCUCAGUGUAACUCGAUUAAAAUUCCUUUACGAGCAUCAUCUAAACGUAUAAUGAAUAUUGAAAAGAGGAUUGAAUCUUUCAAGAGAGACAUUGAAAGACAAAAGGAUUACGUUUCUACUUUUGAAAAUCAAUUAAAAGUGGUCACUAAAGCAAAGGAAUUAUUUGAAGUGGAAAUAAAGAAAUCUGCUAGAAAUCAUGAUAAAUUUCGUUUAACGGAUACUGACCUCAAGUGGUAUGAACAGCUAAAUGAAAAAUAUUUGUCUACUGGGGGUUCUUUAUUAGAACAAAAAAUAUCACUUUUAAAUAACGAUAAGCAAGAGAAGACGGAUGAGAUGGAGUUGCUAAACAGACAUAUUGAUGUAUCAAAAAACAGAGUCACAGAAGAGCUUAACAUUACAGGUGAGAAUUUACAAAAUCAAGUAACAGAUAUGACAUCGACUUUGAAUGAGAAAAAUGCUACUUAUGCAGAACAAAUGAAAAAACUCAAAGAUUAUCAAAUGCAAGUUGAAUCAUCGAAUAACCAAGAAUAUGACCUAAACUAUAAAUUAAGAGAAACUUUGGUUAAAUUGGAUGAUUUAAGUGCAAAUCAAAGAGAAUCGCUAAAGGAAAAGAAACUAAGGGAAAAUGUAACAAUGUUGAAGAGGUUCUUCCCUGGUGUUAAAGGUUUAGUUCAUGAUCUAUGCCGUCCAAAGAAAGAAAAAUAUGGACUGGCAGUGUCCGUCAUGUUAGGUAAGAAUUUUGAUUCAAUUAUUGUAGAGAAUUUAUCAGUAGCACGAGAAUGCAUAUCGUUUUUAAAGAAGCAACGUGCUGGUACCGCAUCCUUCAUUCCAUUAGAUACUAUUGACUCUGAACAACCCACAUUAUCAGCCCCACCAUCACAAGAAUACAUCCUUACCAUUAAUGCUAUUGAAUAUGAUCUUGCAUACGAAAGGGCAAUGCAAUAUGUGUGUGGUGACUCCAUUAUUUGUGAUACGCUGGACAUAGCAAGAGAUUUGAAAUGGAAUAGGGGAGUUAGAUCAAAAUUAGUAUCCUUAGAUGGUUCAUUGAUUCAUAAGGCGGGUUUGAUGACCGGUGGUAUCUCCAAGGAUUCCAAAAAUAGAUGGGAUAAGGAAGAAUAUCAAAGUCUGAUGACUUUAAAGGACAAAUUGUUGAUACAAAUUGAAGAAGUUUCUACAGUGGGUAGAGAUGCUGCUGCUAAGGCUAGAGAGUUAGAAAGCUCUUUAUCUUUAUUGAACGCCGAACUUUCCUCAUUAAGAACACAAUUAGUUCAAGUAAAGAGAUCCGUGGAAGAGAAUGCCAAUGAAAUAAAUUAUCAUAACAAAUUACUUACUGAACAAUAUACGCCAAAACUUGAAAGUUUGCAAGAAGAAAUUCAAGCGAUUGAGAACUCGAUUUCUUCUAUUACUGCCGAAAAAGUUUCCUUACAAGAAACCAUCUUCAAGGAAUUAACUGACAAGGUUGGGUUUUCUAUCCAAGAUUACGAGCGUUAUUCUGGAGAUCUAAUGAGGGAGCAAUCUAAGGAGUUACAACAAUUACAGAAGCAAAUUCUAAAUAUUAAAAACAAAUUACAGUUUGAAUCAGAGAGAUUAAAAACAACAGAAGGCAAAUAUCAUGCUUCACUAGAAAGUUUAGAGAGCGCCAAAUCAAACCUUCAGUCGCUGGAAGAAGAGGAAAAUGAAUGUCAACAAAAGAGGAAACAAAUUGAACAGCAUAUCUCAGAAGACGAAGCCGAACUAAACAGAUUGCAGAGAGUGUAUGAUGCUAGGCAGCUUGAUUUUAAUAACUUAGAUGAUGUCUUAGCAGAAUACAAUAAUGAAUUACAAUCUUUGAAACAUAAUAGAAACCAAAUAAGAGAAGAUAUGGAAAAGAUUGAUUUGGAAAGAGUUGGUGUCUUAAAGAAUUGUAAAAUUACAAAUAUGGAAAUUCCAAUCUUAUCUGAUAUCAACCUAAGUAACUUACCGAUUGAUAAGAUAGAUGAAGAUACCAUAGCCAUCUCAAAUGAAAUUGAUGUUGAUUAUAAUGAUCUGCCCGCAAAAUAUAAGGAAAGUAGCGCAACUACAAUUAGAGAAGAAUUGGAAAAUCAUAUAAGAAGCAUUGAAGAUACCUUAAAUGUCUUGCAACCAAACGCUAGGGCUGUAGAGAGGUUUGAUGAUGCACAAGAGAGAUUUGAAGUAGUGGAAAAAGAAACAGAAGAUUUGAAAGCCAGAGAAAAGAAGGCUUUGACACAGUUUUUGAAGAUCAAAAAGAGAAGAAGAGAGUUAUUUGAAAAUGCGUUUGAUUUCGUAAAUGAACAUCUAGAUCCGAUUUAUAGAGAAUUGACAAGGAACCCAAAUUCAUCAGCAUUAUUAUCUGGUGGUAACGCCUCCUUAACUUUAGAAGAUGAAGAUGAGCCUUUUAAUGCAGGAAUUAAAUAUCAUGCAAUGCCACCAUUGAAAAGAUUUAAGGACAUGGAGUAUCUAUCUGGUGGUGAAAAAACAGUUGCUGCCCUAGCUUUAUUAUUUGCUAUCAAUGCCUACCAACCAAGUCCAUUCUUUGUUCUUGACGAGGUGGAUGCCGCGUUAGAUAUAACGAACGUGGAAAGAAUCGCAGCCUACAUACGAAGACAUGGGAAUCCUGAUCUUCAAUUUAUUGUCAUUUCUUUGAAAAAUACCAUGUUUGAAAAGUCUGAUGCUCUAGUUGGUGUUUACAGACAACAACAGGAGAAUAGCUCUAAGAUUGUCACUUUGGACCUGAGGAACUACGCUGAAUAG